AUUUCGUUAAGUUUGGAUUUACCUUCAAAGAAAAAGACGAGUUACAAUUGCCUCAGUAUGUGAUAUGUAUGAAAGUUUUAAGUAAUGAUAGCAUGAGGCGCAACCGCCUUGAAAGGCAUUUGAAGCAACAACAUCCAACUCUGGAAUCACUCAAGCGGAUGAGACUGGAUACAUCGAGAAGUUAUCACACAGGUGUAUCGCAGCAUCUCAAAGCUUCAUUUGAAAUAGCUUUUAUGAUAGCAAAGCAAAAGAAACAUUAUACUAUUGGCGAAGAAUUAAUAAAACCAUGUGUCCUAAAAGCCACGCAGAUAAUUCUAGGAGAAGAUGCAGAGCAAAAAAUGAAGUAUAUUUCUCUUUCGAAUAACACAGUCAAGCGUAGAAUCGAUGACAUUGCAGCAGACAUAAAGUCACAAAUAAUUAACAAAGUAAAAUUAUCGCCAUUUUUUGCCGUUAGUUUCGAUGAAUCCACCGACAUCGCUGAUUGUGCACAGUUAAUAGUUUAUGUGCGUUACAUCGGCGGAGAUAUCAUUCAAGUAGAGAUUUUGUACUCCCAAUCUUUGUCAGUAGUUACUACAUCUGAAGAUAUAUUUAAUUCAAUAUCACAUUUUGUUGCAAAGAAUGACUUGGAUUGGAAGAAACUCAUUGGACUUUGCAUAGAUGGCGCACCUGCAACGAUAGGUGUACGAUCGGGUUUAGCUAAAAAGCUCAAGGAAAAAAAUCACCCAAUGUACACAUUGGCUUCCAAAACAUUACCACAGACUUUGGACUCGGCUAUAAGGAUUGUAAACUACAUCAAGAGUAGCGCUUUGAAAAGUCGGUUAUUUACGUUACUUUGCGAGGAUCUCGAUUAUGAUCACAAAGUUCUUCUGAUGCACAGAACAAAAGGAAAGCGAUUAUUUUUCUAA